AAUGUUUCCAUGCAUGGAGCCGCAUAACAGCGGAAGUUUUUACAGACGGACACUUUCAGCCCGUCCUGCUGCUUACUGAAAGUUUAUUCUCGUGGACGAGAACGCUACGGGGAACUGAGCGAAACUCUUUUGGAAAGAGCGUGUUGUAAACGGAUUUAAAGUUUGAAAUACUGUACCGGUACACGAGAUGUUGGUUUUGACAUCUGUUAUUGACUGUUCGGAUUAAUCGGGAGGAUUCAAAUACUUCCUUUACAUGUACGUUUUGGAUAUAUUUAAACCUAAAUCACAAUGGAUUUGUGAAGUCAUAUCAAAUAAGCCAUAACAAUGAAGAUUUCCAAAAUGAACCUCCUUUUUUCAUCAAAACAACUGUGCAUUCAAUGUCAGUUACUGUAUGAUGGAGCAUGAGACAACAAAUUUGACUAAUUUCGGUUACAAACCAAACAAGACAAAUAUCAUCUGCAUGGCAUUGGAUGUACUAAUCAUUUUAAGACUUUCUUAACGUUAUCACAAUGUCCUGUUGUAUAAAGAUCGUGAUUGUACUUUUCCAGCUUAUGAUUGCUGGAUCUACACUGGAGAUUGGAGCGUAUGAUUUGGAGCGUGACCGUCCGGCAAAAUGUGAACCCAUCACCAUUCCCAUGUGCCAGGGAAUCGGCUACAACAUGACACGGAUGCCCAACUUCAUGAAUUACGAAAGCCAAGAGGAAGCUAGCAUUACACUAAACGAAUUUGCUUCUCUGGUGGAGUACGGGUGUGAUGUCCACCUGCGAUUUUUCCUGUGCUCUCUUUUUGUGCCGAUGUGCGCUGAUCAAGUGUCCACCACUAUCCCGGCAUGCCGUCCUAUGUGUGAACAGGCAAGACAGAGGUGUUCACCUAUAAUGGAAAAAUUCAGUUUUGGCUGGCCGGACUCAUUGGAUUGCUCAAAGCUGCCGACCAACAAUGACCCGAAAGCACUGUGCAUCGAAGCUCCAGAAAAUGACACUCAACCUGAAACUAAGAAAGGUGAGGGAAUGCUGCCGGUACAUCCGAGGCCCUGGAAACCCACAGCAGAGAGUGGACGUACCUCAAGCGGCUCGCGGUCCUGUGAUAACCCGGAGAAGUUUCAGUACGUGGACAAGAGCGAGUCAUGCGCACCUCGUUGCACUCCUACGGUGGAUGUUUACUGGUCUAGGCAAGAUAAGGACUUUGCGUUCAUUUGGAUGGUGGUGUGGUCAACACUUUGCUUUGUGUCUACAGCAUUCACAGUUCUUACCUUCCUCCUCGAUCCCCAACGCUUCCAGUAUCCAGAGCGUCCCAUCAUCUUCCUCUCCAUGUGUUACAAUGUCUACUCGGUGGCCUUCAUCAUCCGCUCAGUGGCUGGGGCUGAGAAUAUUGCCUGCGAUCGGGAAAACGGAGAGCUUUACAUUAUCCGGGAGGGUUUGGAGAGCACAGGCUGCACCAUAGUGUUUCUCAUCCUCUACUAUUUUGGCAUGGCCAGCUCCAUCUGGUGGGUCAUCCUCACCCUCACCUGGUUUCUCGCAGCGGGACGGAAAUGGGGCCACGAGGCUAUUGAGGCGCACAGUAGCUACUUUCACAUGGCCGCCUGGGGUAUUCCUGCGGUGAAGACCAUAGUCAUCCUCACUAUGAGGAAGGUGGCUGGGGACGAGCUGACAGGAUUGUGUUAUGUGGGCAGCAUGGACAGUAAUGCUCUCACUGGCUUUGUCUUGAUCCCUCUUUCCUGUUAUCUCAUUGUUGGGACUUCUUUCAUCCUCACGGGGUUCGUCGCGCUCUUUCACAUCCGCAAAAUCAUGAAAACCGGUGGCACCAACACAGCGAAACUGGAGAAGCUCAUGGUUAAGAUUGGAGUCUUUUCCAUUCUCUACACAGUGCCUGCAACUAUUGUCAUCAUAUGCUAUUUCUAUGAAAGACUCAAUAUGGAAUACUGGAAGUUCAAAGCUCUGGAAAACAAGUGCGUGUCCUUCCCUGGUCGCAGGAGCGAGGAUUGCACACUGGACUCAUCAGUUCCUACAGUAGCUGUGUUCAUGCUGAAAAUUUUUAUGUCUUUAGUGGUAGGCAUCACUAGUGGGGUUUGGGUAUGGAGCUCAAAGACACUUCAGACCUGGCAAGGGUUGUGCAACAGGAGGUUGGCCGUGCAAGCGAGCCGCAAGCCCUGCUCCAGUGUCAGCUGCAGCAACUCCCACUGUCAUUACAAGGCACCGGCUGUGACACUUCACAUGAAUAAAACGGACAUGUACACAGACAGUCCCACACAUGUUUGAGACUAAAGGCCUCUGCUUUGGAACCAUGCACAGACUUAUGAGAUGCUCAGGUCGAUUACAGAUCAUGGUAAAGAUCACAACAUUUGUCAGGAGUGGCAUUUAUAAGCCUUUCCUUGAAAUAGCAGAGGUCACUUCAAUAAAGGAAAGGUUUGUUGCAUGGAAUGAAUGCAGCGAAUUGCAGAAAGCUUUAUUUAUUGUGGAUAUUUAAGUAUUGCUGGUUGUAUAGUUUUGUACUGUAUGUGCUAUACUGUAUAUAAGGAAGAGUUUAAAAUAAUUUUACAGUAUGUUAUAUUUUUCUCAAAAGAAGAGCAAUAAAACAUUUAUUAUGAUGCCAUUUCUCUCUAUUUAAAUUUUUUUUUUUAUCUAAAGUUCGAUUAGUGUUACAUGUAAAAUGUCCUACUGUACAUGCAAAUCAUUCUCUUUGAGUUAUGAAGUUUUUAGCACUGAUUAAAAUUGAUUUUAAAUGGUAGAAAUAAAUAGGUAUAUUAAAGUUUGCAAGGAAUCAUUUUUUAUACAGUGAGAAUUAAGUAAGUUUAUUAAGGUUUGGUAAGAAUAAUUUUCGAUGCAAAGUAAAUAGUAUUUCAAACUAUAAUUCAGUACUGAAUUCAGUAAGAAUUAAAUAAGAAUAUAAAAUGCUAAAAAAAUCUCGACCAGAAUUCUUUAACACCUCUCUGUUAACACAUCGGUCUAGCACCAAAUGUAAAGUAAAUAUAUUAUAUUUAUAUUUACAGUUAUCAAAUAGUCUUACAAAACUACAAAAUUUCUAACCAAGCCAGCUUACAUUAAAAAGCAGAAGUUGCAGUUAAUAAAAAUAGCUAUGACAAGACAGUGAGAAUGUAUGAUGCUGCUAUGAAUUUAUACAAAAAAUGUUUUUUUUCUUUAGCCUAAUUCUUUUAACUCGAAGUCAAACAGGAACUGGCAUUUGUUGACAUGUUGUUUUGUUUUUGCGUGCACAGUUCUGUUGUCAGGAGAUCAUAAAGAGGAGAUAGUUCUGUGCUUAACUCACAUCAGUAACUUUAACCUUUUUUACACUGUAUUUUUUUUAUGUCUUAUAUCUGUGGAUAUAAUAUGUGUUUGUGAUGUUCAUAAAAGCUGGGACUUUUACAACCUUAAAUGAUGAGCUACAAUCAGUUUGUGAGAUGAAAAAUAGGAAAUGGCUUUAGGAAUUAUAACAGUUAAAAUAUAAAAUGCAACAGCGGAUAUUAAAAUGCAAUCAUUGAAAAUCAUGUAAUUGUAUUUUAUUAAAUUACACCUAGAUGAACUAUUUUAACUUAUUUUUUUUCUCUCUCUCUCUUUUUGCAUUUUGCCGGUGUGGAUAUUGUCUAAUGGUUUGGCACGAUUCAGGCACUGGAGCUUAAACUGCUGUUACAUUUGGUCAUAAAAAAAGGCAUGUUUGUCUUGGAGCUUGGAGUUUAAACUUAACAGUGCAUUAACCACAUGUAGCAGUCUGUAUAAAGUUCAUUUAACGCAUGGCUGUUUUCAGUGAAGUAGCAUUUGUAAACAGUAGUGUCUUAAGACAAAACAGAGCCUCUGCUGCGUCAGCCAGCAGACUUGGAAAAAUUGAAUGAAAUGUUAAUGUACUUGGAAGAUGAAUGUUUAGAGCUUGUUAAAUACUACCAAGACAUUACUCAUUUGGCAACAUAGAUGGUUAAAGCUGUGCUGUUGUUAAAAUAAACAUAAACAUAAUUCUUGAUUUGUUAUAUUACUUUAUAAGAUUAUUGAGUACUUUGAGCGUUUGUUAGUUGUCAGGGUUAUAUUUGUAUAUUUAUUUAUUUAGCAGACACUUUUAUCCAAAGUGAC